UUCUUCUCCCACAAGGCCGCUCUCUCCACAGCUGGGCCUGGCGUCGCCGCCAUCCUCCUCCUCUUCAGGCCCGCAAGCGCCUCCCGCCGACCGGGCUCCGCGCCGCGAGACUCCUCCGCGCCCGCCCGAAGAAGCCAGGCCGCGUUUCGCCCCCCUCAGAGGCUCUGGCGGACGGCAGGCGCCUGCAGGCCGGCACCGAGCGCUGGUCCCGCGGUUGCUGCCGGGCGGCGGCGGCGACGGCGAGGUCACGACGGCAGCGGCGGGGUCAGAGGGUAAAGGUCGCUCCCCCAGCAUCCUCCGUGCAGGGUGCUCAGCCAUCUUGGAUCCUCGGGACAAGAAAAUUCAUGCGGUGACAAACAGCAUGUUUGGUGCUUCAAGAAAGAAGUUUGUAGAGGGAGUCGACAGUGACUACCACGAUGAAAACAUGUACUACGGCCAGCCUUCGAUGUUCCCACAUCGAUCAGAAAAAGAUAUGCUGGCAUCACCUUCAACAUCAGGUCAGCUGUCUCAGUUUGGGGCAAGUUUAUACGGGCAUCAAAGUGCACUAGGCCUUCCAAUGAGGGGAAUGAGCAACAAUACCCCUCAGUUAAAUCGCAGCUUAUCGCAAGGCACUCAGUUACCGAGCCACGUAACGCCAACAACAGGGGUACCAACAAUGUCACUUCACACGCCUCCAUCUCCAAGCAGGGGUAUAUUGCCUAUGAAUCCUAGGAAUAUGAUGAACCACUCCCAGGUCGGUCAGGGCAUUGGAAUUCCCAGCAGGACAAACAGCAUGAGUAGUUCGGGAUUAGGCAGCCCUAAUCGAAGCUCACCCAGCAUAAUCUGUAUGCCAAAGCAACAACCCUCUCGACAACCUUUUACUGUGAACAGUAUGUCUGGAUUUGGAAUGAACAGGAAUCAGGCGUUUGGAAUGAAUAAUUCUUUAUCAAGUAACAUUUUUAAUGGAACAGAUGGCAGUGAAAAUGUGACGGGACUGGACCUUUCAGAUUUUCCGGCACUAGCAGACAGAAACAGAAGGGAAGGAAGUGGGAAUCCAACUCCACUAAUAAACCCUCUAGCUGGAAGGGCACCCUAUGUUGGAAUGGUAACAAAACCAGCAAGUGAGCAAACCCAGGACUUCUCAAUACACAAUGAAGAUUUCCCAGCUUUACCAGGCUCUAACUACAAAGAUCCAACAUCGAGUAAUGAUGACAGUAAAUCUAAUUUGAAUACAUCAGGCAAGACAUCUUCUAGUGCAGAUGGACCUAAAUUUCCUGGAGAUAAAAGUUCAACAACGCAAAACAAUAACCAGCAGAAAAAAGGGAUCCAGGUGUUACCUGAUGGUCGGGUUACCAACAUUCCUCAAGGGAUGGUAACAGACCAGUUUGGAAUGAUUGGUUUGUUAACAUUCAUCAGGGCAGCAGAGACAGACCCCGGCAUGGUACAUCUCGCAUUAGGAAGUGACUUGACAACUCUAGGUCUCAAUCUCAACUCUCCUGAAAAUCUUUAUCCCAAAUUUGCAUCACCUUGGGCUUCUUCACCUUGUCGACCUCAAGAUAUAGACUUCCAUGUUCCAUCUGAAUAUUUAACGAACAUUCACAUUAGGGAUAAGUUGGCUGCAAUAAAGCUUGGCCGCUAUGGGGAAGAUCUACUGUUUUAUCUCUAUUACAUGAAUGGAGGAGAUGUAUUACAGCUAUUAGCAGCAGUAGAGCUAUUCAACCGAGAUUGGAGAUACCACAAAGAAGAAAGAGUAUGGAUUACCAGGGCACCAGGCAUGGAGCCAACAAUGAAAACCAAUACAUAUGAGAGGGGAACAUACUACUUCUUUGACUGUCUUAACUGGAGAAAAGUAGCUAAGCAUCCAGAUCUUUCUGUACAUGGAUUUCCCCCCCAUCUCUCAUCUGCAGUCCAUCACAGCCCCCAGAAAGAUGCUCCUGAGGGAGUUUCAUCUGGAAUAUGACAAGCUAGAAGAAAGGCCUCAUCUGCCAUCCACCUUCAACUACAACCCUGCUCAGCAAGCCUUCUAAAGACUUCCCUUGUCUUGGGGUAUGGCUGUCUCAGCACAAUACUCAACAUAACUGCAAAACUGAUGUGGCUCAGGCAUCCUGGUUUUAAUUCCUUAUGAGGAUCUGGCAAUUGGCUCAUGCAAAAGGGUCACCAUUUGAAGUCCUGCCUUACUAAUUAUGUGCUGCCCAACAACUAAAUUUAUAAUUUGUUUUUCUUUAGUUUGAGCAGGGUCGGAUUUAAAUAUUUUUUUUUUACUUUUUUUUUUUGCCAGCAGACAAGCUUGGGUCUGUAAAGACAAGCAAGUACACUGACAAAAGUUUACCACUUAGUUUCCAAAUUGUAAAAAAAGGAAAAAAAGAAACAAGAAAUAGACAAUAAAAUUUGCAUUGUUCAUUGUAGCACUCUUGGUAAUAAAAAAAAUAUGUUUGUGCAUUUUUAUGUGAAGAUCCUUCUCGUAUUUCAUUUGGAAAGAUGAGCAAGGUCUGCUUCCUUCAUUUUACUUCCCCUUCAGUUUUUGAAAAGGCAGUUUUCGCCAACUUAAUGCAAGAAUAUCUGACUGUUUAGAAGAAAGAUAUUGCCACAACCUUUGGUUCAUUUCCAGGGUUGUGUGUUACUGAGCUUCAUCUUUCCAGAAUGAGCAAAACACUGUCCAGUCUUUGUUACGAUUUUGUAAUAAAUGUGUACAUUUUUUUUAAAUUUUUGGACAUCACAUGAAUAAAGGUAUGUAUGUACGAAUGUGUAUAUAUUAUAUAUAUGACAUCUAUUUUGGAAAAUGUUUGCCCUGCUGUACCUCAUUUUUAGGAGGUGUGCAUGGAUGCAAUAUAUGAAAACGGGACAUUCUGGAACUGCUGGUCAGGGGACGUCUUUGUCGCCCUGUGCACUAAAGGGCCAGAUUUCAGCAGCCAAGGACAUCCAUACCCAAGUGAAUGUGAUGGGACUUAACGAAGUGAACUGAGACAAUUCACUCUGGCUGUUUGAACAGCAGCGUUUCAUAGGAAGAGAAAAAAAAAAAGAUCAAUCUUGUAUUUUCUGACCACAUAAAGGCUUCUUCUCUUUGUAAUAAAGUAGAAAAGCUCUCCUCA